CGCGAGAGCGAGGCAGCUGGUCGAGUUCUCACACAGUGAGUGUUUCCGCUCACCUCCAAUAAAGAAGCGGCGAGGACGAGGAACAACGGAGCCUCAGCUUGGGGGGGGAAAACAGACAACGGAGACGACAGAGACGGAACCUUUUUGUCUAUUAUUUCGACAUCUUCUCCGUCGCGUGGGUCCUAGCUAAUGCUUCGAAUGUGAGAAGGGAGAGUGGGGACUCGCUGCUGGUAACCUUUUGUCGGUUAAGCCGUAGAGGACUCUCGCUGGUUGUUGGAGGAAAACAUGUGCAAUGGAAUGGUAGCGUUUCAGACGAGAGCCCCUUCCUCCUCCUCUUCUUCCUUAGCCCACAGGCUGGCCUUCCCUGCACUUCUCCUCCUCCUCACUGUGCUCCCCCAUGGCCGCGCAUCAGGUUGUGCGCAGCCCUCUGAUGUGCAACAUGGAGACCUACUUAACCAGACCGAGGCCAACAGGGACUCCUUUCCCCCGGGCACUGUUCUGACCUAUGGCUGUGAGCCUGGAUACACUGCAGACGGACCCACCAGCAUCACUUGCGCCAAUGCUGGAUCCUGGUCCCGUCAGCCACGCUGCGUCAGAAGCAACGUGUGUUCGCCCCCGACUGAACCCGAGAAUGGCGGCUACCGCUGUCACCCACCCUCCUGCCACCACCUCAUCCACAAGACAGUCAUCGAGUACUUCUGCGACGAAGGCUACGCUCUGAAAGGAGACUAUAAGUUCCUCACUUGCCUGAACGGUGAUUGGGACGCUCCCAUGCAGAUUAGCUGCCGUCUCACGCAAGACAAGGAGCCAAGCUCUCCCCUUGGCAUACCAGCGCUGUCAAUUGUGGCGUCCACUGCUAGCUCGGUGGCGCUCAUCCUGCUUUUAGUCGUGCUGUUUGUUCUCGUGCAGCCAAAACUCAAGUCUUUCCAUCACAGCAGGAGGGAGCAAGGCGUCUCGGGCCAGUCCGGUUCCAUCAUGGUCGAGGGGGUUCAAGUGGCACUGCCCUCCUACGAAGAGGCUGUGUAUGGAAACGGUUCGGGCCCACCUCCUCCUCCACCGCCUCCCCCGGCUCCUCCUGAGUGCAGGGUCCCGAUCGUUCUGUCCGAGGGGCUCCCUCAGGGGGCCACAGGAGGCCAAGGCCCUAGCCGAAGCCACCAUCAUAGAGACUUGGACUUGUGUCUCCCAUCCACCUCAUCCUCGUUUCCCUCCCACCAUCAUGCAGAGACGGUGCUUGUGCAUGAGGCCCCCUCCUCUUCAUCUUCUUCUUUAUCAUCGUGGGCUAGAGAGCACCCUGGGGGUGCUUGUGCAGCCCCUCUACCUCUACGUAGAGACUCUGAGAGUAGCGACCAGCACAGCCUGCUCUCUGUCACCUCUGCAGAUGACUUUUCUGAUGAUAUUCCCUUGUUGAAGGAAGCAUGAAGCCUGCCAACGUUCUUGCAGCAGUCCCCCGUCUCUCUGCUGACCAGGACUGAGUGUGGCUGUCAACCCCACUUCCCCAAAACACCCUCAAAGGGCCAGCAGACACAGAAACGAGAACUAUUCCCCGGCAGAACAUCUUUGGCCAUUGCUACCAACGCAGAGCAAAGCCAUCAGCCAGUACUUAUCGCAGGAGCGCCACAGGAUCCAACUCGAAGCAAAGACGAAGUGAUGCCAUCUUGUGAAAAAUCCUUUGUAUUAAACACAGUACAUACUUUAUCAACUCUGUUUAAAAACAAGAAAGCUUAAGAAGUGUCUUCAUGGCACCACGGCAUCCUGAAUUGUCUUCCCGCUCUACUUGAAGAGUUGUGACAGCUGGAUGUUGUGGCUCUCUUUGUGAAUGCUGCAUGUUUGUUUUUUUUUUUUAAGUGAUGUCUGUCACUGCACCGUGGCCCACUCUGAAUUAAGCAUGAAGCCUCUUCUGUGUGUCUCUCUCGCUUAGCUGUCUCGGCAUCCAGAAUAAUGGAUGAAUGGCAUCAGAUGAGAAGCGCAGGUUGCAACUCUUUCCUUAGACCUGCUUCUGGAACCAAGAAGAGAGCUUUCUUUCCUCUUUCCUGCUGCACCCAACAUGGGGUUCUUCUUUCGCAUGAGUAGGAUUGUCGUUUGGCUUCCAAGGAGCAAUGAAGACACAACCUUGUAUGCAAGAAGCAAGACAUGAUCAUAUAUCAGUUUAUUUCGAAGCUGAAGGGGGGCUGUCCAUCCGGCCGAUUGGUCAUGACUAAA